UACCGACUAGAACUCUAUGACAAGUAGCUGCGACAUUGCCCGUCCACUGAUACGGAGUCACAUCCCCGAAGUAUGCUUGUCACAGAUAACAGUAAAAUUGAACAGACAAAAGCCGUGACGAUGUCCAAGCAAUCGCAGGGACCAACAGCGAAGGUGGUCUUAGAAGCACAAGUAGAGAAAAAGGGCGAGCAAUUUAAACUGUCAGAAGCAGUGACUAUCGAAUAUCGUUACCCUAUGAAAAUCCUUGUACCCGAACAUAUUGGUAAUAAGACAUGUCGCUGGAUUUUUCCGAUUACAUUUGGUGGAGGGUUGGUUGGCGGAGACAAGGUUUCCAUGGAGAUUGACAUCCAAGAUGGCUGCUGUGGUCUACUAACCAGUCAAGAGGCUACAAAGGUGUAUCAUUGUGAAGAUGGACGCCAGACAACUCAGUCGUUUGUAUAUUCUGUUGGUAAGGAGGCACUCCUGUGUGUGUUACCUGACUACCUCGUAUGUUACAAGGAUGCCACAUAUACACAAACACAGGAGAUACAGCUUUGUAACACAGCCAAUGUUGUGUAUCUGGACUGGCUCACAGCUGGUAGAGUGGCUAGAAAUGAGGAAUGGGAGUUUAGCAGGUAUCUCAAUAGAACAGAGAUCAAAGUGGAUGGGAAGUUGAUCUUCAAGGACCAAGUUCUGAUGCAAGAUUCACCCUACCUUACCAUCCACCAGUCAAUGAAAAAAUAUAAAGUGACAGGUACCUGUGUGAUACUAGGCAAUAAGCUCCAGGACAUAUGUGCACACCUUCAGAAGACACUCACGCCAAAAAAACAGUUUGGUGAGGAGUACGACACAGACACAAUGUGUAGUGUCAGUCCAAUAACAAACAAAGUGGGAAUCUCAGGACUCUACAUCCGAUUUAUGACCAUCAACACCACGGCUGCGUUUGCUGUGAUCAGCGAUAUUGUCCAACCAUUGUUACCUAUCCUGGGAGCGGACCCCUUUCACAACAAAUACUGACCAACAUGUCCAUUCUGUAUCAGCACCAUGGAA